UGCGAAAGAGAAAAAAGCAACUCUGAAAUAAAUGAUGCGUGAAUUCGACUUGUUUGUUUUUACUGUACUAUGAAUUGCUUAUCAAAAGCUGUGCAGUGAAAAGAAAAGCAAAAAAAAAAUCCAUAUCGAACAAGUACGAGUAAGACGUGUUUCUUUCGUCGUAUUUAUCGUUGUAUCGACUAUAUAUCUUUACAUUCUUUAUUCAAUCACGUUUAUCCCUUGUGUUAUUUACACGUGAUUUACUUAUCCAUUACAUUCUAUUUAAUUGACGAACUAAUAAAUUAAUUAAGUGUUCUUCGGCUUGGCCGACAUGCUGAAUAGCAUGUACAAUACUACUUAUCCCCCAACGUACGAUCACCCAGUGAUCCAAAAUUCUCCUGUUAACAAUACUUUGGUUCAUAAUCAAUUCUCAUCUAAUCCAGCUUCUUCUUCUUCUUCAAAUGUUCAACAUCUUCAAUCACAACAAAUGUUACUACAACAACCUUCUUCAUCCUCGAUUAACCCUGUACUACAGAACAAAAUCUGUUCUCCAAACUUCAACAGCAACACCAUUAACCAACAGCCCAUGUAUCACUAUCCAUGCUUUACCACCAACCAGCACCAACACACAAAUUCAUCAAAUGUUAUUCCACAUAAUCAACAUUUCGCGACAUCUAGUCAAUCCCAUCCUUCUACCAAUAAUAUGACACAUCAUCAAUAUAUCCAAAAUGAAGUGAUACCAAUGGAAAGUGAUAAUGAUGACAAAUUUAUCAUAGUCAAUAAAAAAAAAGAAAAAAAAAGUAAGAAUUGAUCCAGCACCGGCUGUUACACCCGAUACUGGUACAUCAUCUUCUUCCACUUCAACGUCAUCAAUUAGCACGAACAAUUCUACAUCUUCAACAAAUUCAGAUAGUAUAGUGUUAAAUGUUCAUCCAACAAAUAAAGCCAUUCCAAAUAUUAGUCGUACACAAACACAUACCAAUGAAAAUAUAUCAUCUAACUCGACUUACAAUUCAAUCGAAAUAUCUGAACAAGCACGUCGUUUUGCUGAAACACGUUUUCCAUUUCCACCUUUUGUAAUUAAUGCUAAUCGUGAAACAUUUAUUAUAUUAUUCGACGAACAAAAGUGGCCUACAACUAUUGAAUCUAUGAAUUAUGAAAAAAUUAUUCCUAAACAUUUACCACCUCAAUUUUCUAUUGUGUUGCGUAACGUUCCUGUCGACAUUGAAAUUAAUUCAUUAUUAACAAAUAUUAAAAUUGAUUAUCCGGACGUACUUAAUGCUUUUCGAAUAACUGGUAUAAAUAAAAAGCCUUCAACUUUAGUGCGCUUAGAUAUCCAAAAUAUAUCAGUUAUCGAUAAAUUACUCGGUAAGAAAUUCAUCUAUUAUGAAAAUCUUCGUUUAGGAACAACCGAAUACCUGGCUCCUGCUAAAGUUCUUGUAUGUACAAAGUGCUUCGAAAUUGGUCAUUUCAGAAGCACUUGUAGAAGUGAUCUUGAUCACUGUCGAAAAUGUGGCGUUGGUGUAUCCGAUAUCAAACAACAUUUAGAAAAGUGCACCAAUAAAUUAUGUUGUGUUAGAUGUCAAGGACUGCAUGAUGCUAAUGAUGUUAGAUGUCCAAGCAUUAAAUCUUACCGUUCAAUAUUAACUAAAUCUCUACUGUCAACAGCUGCUGCACCUGUUCACCAACAAAAUGUUCGUGCUGAUUUUCAUCUUAAUGAUCCAGAUUUUCUGUACCGAAUGGAAGCUUAA